UGCAGCGCUGGCGUCUUUUCCCGGCGUGCCCCGGACGCAAGAUGGCAGCUGAGAGAUGUGUGAUGCAGAAAGAGAGGGGUGAAGAGGAGAUGUGAGAGGAAUGGAGGAGUCGUCUGUGUUCCUUCUGUGCCUGACGGCCACCAGCGGGGUGCCCCUGUAUUGUCGCAGCAAAAGCAGCAGCAGGCAGCUGACUUUCUCUGUGAUUGGAUCACUCAAUGGAGUGCACAUGUUUGCAAAUAACCAAGAUGUUUUGCUGACUUCUACACGUACAGAGAACAGCAGAGUGCUAUGGAGAACCUUCCAUGACAGCAUCAACCUAAUAGUGAUGUCAUGUGAUAUGAAAACCAGUGACCACUCAUUAAAUAAACUUUUGGAGAAUGUAUUUAGCGCCAUGGUUCUUGUAAUUGGGCUGGAAGACCUUAUGAAUAUAAAAAAUGUAGAACGGCUAAAAAAAGAGCUGCGGGCUUGUUACAAGUUGAUCGACAGCUUUUUAACUGAAUCUGAGAAGAUGGGAGAUCUAACACAAUGUGUAGACUGUGUCAUUGCUCACGAUGCGGCCAUUCUCCAGGAAUGCCUUGAUGGGUUCACACAGGCAGCAGAAAGCGAGUUUGGCUGUCUCCUGACUGGAGGGAAGGUGGUAGUGGCAACAGAGAAGUGGUGGAGGCUGGCUUCUCAAGAUGUGAUGCUGCUUUGCUGGCUGGUUUCCUCUCUGUCCACACAUUCAUCACGAGAUUACCCAGUGUAUCUACCACAAGGGAGCCCUACGGUUCCACACAGGCUGCUCACCUUCCAGUUGGUUCCCGGUGUAGAUGUCUGUAUACUUUGUGGCCCCAGUCCAUCUCUGCAGAAAGUUCAGUCAGAGUUGGUAGAAAGGUUUUGGAAGCCUGUUCUGGAUCCAAUCAAAUCCUGUUUAAGAGUACAGCUGAGAUCAUUCCCAGCCUCUGUUCCUUUACACCAUGGGAUUCAGGGCAUCUUGCUGGUCAAUCGGGAUCUCAAUAAAAGCUUAUAUACUGUGCAAGUUCAUCCUAUGGAAGACAUGCAAAGAUCAGAUAUGAAAUGUAUAUUGGAACAGCGGCGGGAAGCUCUUCGUUCAUUUUAUGCUCUCGCCAUGUCACGCUACUUCCAUCCAGAGCACCAUGAUGGGAAAAACACAGUUCAGUAUGAGGAGUCAUUUCCAAUGGGAUUCAGCCAUCAUGCUCACCAGUGCUACACGGUCUCCAGCUCUAACAAGUGCUAUGCCAUGAAGACUGACUUGCACUUUCUCUUCCUUCUCUUCAAAACGGAUGUGCCUACGUUUAGCAUGCGAGCCAUUGCUAAUAAAACCAUGCAAGUGUUUACCAAAGACUUUACUUUUUGACAAACAGACGUCCUAGAUAUGAAGCAUUGUGACUCCAACACCAUUUUUCCGCAUUUCAACAUGUUCCAGUAGCUGCUCCUGUUUCCUGGUCGGAGUGGUCUGCUUACAGCAUACAGACUGUGUAAAGACACCUGUUAUUUAUCUUUAGAUAUCUACAGGUCAGGUUCAUAUUUAUUUAACAUUGUAUGAUGAAAACGUCAGCCUUCACAAUGGCAGAAAAGAUUAAAUUAUAUAUACUGAAGUGAACCUAG